AUGCCUCGACGAUCGUCUCGGGCCGUUCCCGCGUCAGCGGCAGCUCCAGCGCCGGCACCAAAAAGGCGCGCGCCUGACACAUUCUCCGCCGAAAAGACGGAGUCCAAAAGGCCAAAAUACAUUUCCAAUUCGACUACCGCCGACACAAAGUCGGUCAAAACCACCGCCAAAAAGAGCAAAUACUUCAAACAAGAGUCUUCCGAAAACGAAGCUUCUGAAUCUAAGCACGGAUCUGAGCGGGAGGGCUCUGUGUAUGGGUCCGCCCACGAAGAUAGUCAGGAUGUUUCGGAGAUGUCGGGGUUGAAACUCUCCGGCGCUACUUCCACAGACGCUGGAGCGAAGGAGAAUCAGUUGGGUAUGCAAGCCGAAGGAGAGCAGACAAAGGUUCAAGAUCGCAAGUCAAGCACCAAGAACGACGAGGAUGAGCGCAGCGAUGUCGAAGAUGACGCGGUGGCAUCAUUGGUGGACAAGGAGCUGUGGAGGGAAGGCGUCAAGACGGGUCUGGGUCCUGGCAAAGAGGUUUUCAUCAAGAAGCCCAAGGCCAGGGAUGCGGGAGAUGUGCCGUAUCAGGAUCACACCGUGCAUCCUAAUACAAUGCUCUUCUUGGAAGACCUUGAAAAGAACAACGAAAGAGCGUGGCUCAAAGCACAUGAUCCCGAUUUUCGGGCUGCGAAGAAAGAUUGGGAAUCUUUCGUUGAGAGUCUCACUGAGAAGUUAAUUGAGCGGGAUAGCACAAUCCCUGAACUACCAGCUAAGGACUUGAUUUUCCGCAUACACAGAGAUGUUCGGUUCAGCAAGAAUCCUACUCCGUAUAAGACGCAUUUUUCAGCUGCCUGGUCUCGUACGGGUAAGAAAGGACCUUACGCUGCCUACUAUGUUCAUAUGCAGCCCGGUUCCUGCUUUGUUGGAUCCGGACUUUGGAAUCCCGAGGCGAAUGCCCUCGCAGUCCUUCGUGAGGACAUUGACCAAAACUCAUCCCGUCUGAAGGCUGUGCUGAAAGAGCCCGAGAUGCGGCGCGAAAUCCUCAAUGGAAUACCCGACGACGAAAAGGAAGCUGUGAAAACAUUUGUCGACCACAACAAGGAGAGUGCCCUUAAGGUCAAGCCUAAGGGCUACGAUGCUGAUAAUGAGAAUAUUCAGCUGCUCCGUUUGCGCAGCUUCACCAUCGGGAGACCUCUUUCCGACUCAGAAUUCAUGGAUGCCAAUGUGCAGGAGAGAAUCGCGGCUCUCAUUGGCAUCAUGGAACCCUUUGUGACGUAUCUCAAUAGCGUCGUCAUGCCCGAUCCGGUGGGCGAGGAGGAGCCCAGCUCUGAAUCGGAAGAAGAGUCCUCAAACGAAAACGAAAGCAGUUGA